AAAUUUUUGAAAAAUUGAUCCAAAAAAUGAGCUUCACGACUCUACAAGUAGGGCAGGCAGGGAACCAAAUAGGGCUGGAAUUAUGGAAAUUACUGCGGAAAGAGAUCCCAGAAUACGCAGACACAAUGUUUGAUUCCUUAAACUCAGAGAAGGCCAGAUGUGUCCUGGUUGACACAGAGCCAAAGGUGGUAAACAAGUACAUUGAAGAUGACACCUUGAAAGAGUUCUUCAAAUAAAGAAAAUAUCUUCUCAACAGAAGAAGGCAGAGGCAACAAUUGGGCCUUUGGGUAUACCUAUGUCGAAGACUCCUUUGAUGAGAAAAUCCUAGAUUGCAUCAGACAUGAAGCAGAAAACUGAGAUUUUUACGAAGGAAUGCUCAUGAUACAUUCCAUUGCUGGUGGAACCGGCUCAGGUCUCGGAUCAAGGUUAAUGGAGAAAUUCAAGGAUCAGUAUGGAAAAGCUAAACUUAUUAAUGUUGUCGUAUGGCCACAUCCUUCAGGGGAAACCCCACUACAGAAUUAUAACUCUUGAUUUACCACCUCAUUUUUACAGAAAUAUAGCGACUCAGUGAUUAUUUUUGAAAACGAAUCAAUGCUGAAGCUUAUUCCUAAAUGAAUAGAUGGCAAGAAAGUUCAUUCUAUCAGUAUGAAAAAUCUGAAUGAAUACAUUUCAGUAUGUCUGAAGAACAUUCUGACACCUUGAUCAGAUGAAAAGAUUUCUUUAUAUGAUAUAUGAGAGCUUUCUCCAGUCCCACAGUUAAAACUGUUAUCAUGUAACUCAAACCCAUUCAUUUUCAACGAAGAGUUAUCAUGAGAUAAAUUCAAAGAAUGGCAAGAUAUUAUCACUACAGGAUUCAACCAAAUAACUCAUCUAAAAGGAACUCCCUACCUCGUAUCAGGCAAAACCUAUUGUAGGUACAAGGAAACUGGGGCCUUCGACACUCUCCCCUCUCACUUGACUAAAAAGGUCAAUUCCAAAUACAAAUCCGUCUCCUGGUCAUCCACUGCCCUCACCCACGUCCUCACCAACGAGACUCCCUUCUACUCCCAAAAAUCGUGCCCUUUCAGUUUCGCCUUCCUCUCAAAUUCAACUAUAUAAGCACCAGACCUCUCAAGAACAUCCUAAAAUAUGGCCGAUCCAAAUUCAAAUCAAAAGCCUACCUCCACUGGUACGACAAGUACGGGAUGGGCGAAGAGGAAUUUUGUGAAGCUUUUAGGUACGUGGAUGAGACAGUGGAGGCCUACGAGAAAGGGAUUUUGUAGUAGAGAUUUUACAGGUUUAGAGGUUUGGAAAUUUAAGGAUUUUGUUAAGAAUUU